CGAUAGGAGGUCCCGACCCCACGGUCCCGGCCACCUGGACUCAUCUCCAGAAGAAAAAGACUCGCCGUUCUUAGCCGCCGCGCACCUCUUCACCUGCGAUUUCUCGGUAGCGCGCACGAUGGCUACAGGCAUAGGUGAGGCGGCCUCAACCUCCCCUCCCUCUCCAUCUCUCGGUAACGCGCAUACAUGCACGUCGGAGAAGAUCUUGAAUCGUGACGGACAAACCUACAAGAUUCCUGGCCUAGUCAAGCUGCUAUUCGAGACACCCUCUGGCUUCGCAAUUUUCUCUUUUGACGAGCACUAUCUUAAGAAGGAUAUUAAGCACAUCUGGAUAUACUUCGUGGGUAAAUUCUGGCACAAAAGGAUUUUCCGGCUGCAUGAGUUCCGAAAGUUCGAGGACACGCGCAACGUCAUUAACCUUACUGCCCAGACAAUAGAUGUGGGCCUGACCAAGAUGCUCUGGACGCACUGCGACGCUGACGAGACACUAGUUGUUGGAAGCCUUGCAUAUAAAGACUUGAUAAAAAAAUUACUGGGGCUAAACUGUCAUUAUGAGGAAGCUGUGAAGGAGGUGAUGUGGGGUAUGCAGAAUCUCAUGCAUACUCUAGUGCCUCAAGAACAGUCUCCGAUUAGUAAGGAUGACUUGCUUCCCAGCCUAGGAUUGAACGUGGUCUUAAAUCGAUACAACCUUAAUGUCAAGAAAGAGAUGCUUAAUGAAUGUAUUAUUAAGAAGACUGCCAAGGUGUAUGAAACUGAUAUACGUGAAAACGCACAUUUGAGGUUCUUGUGCAAAAGGUUUGAUGAGAGGUUGAAGAAGGUAUCUGCGCUUGAUACAAAAGACUGGAAUUUAUUCAAACUUGCAACAGCUUUGAAGAUGGUGGCUGAUCCUCAAGGAAGAGUUAAACUUGGUCCUCCUUACAAGAUCUUCUCAAGCCAUGAGCUUACUGUGAUUAGACGUGAUGCAUCUCUAUAUCAACAGACAAUAAAUAAGGACACUAUCUUGCAAAUCUAUGAUGACGUUGUUUCUCUCCGCAUGCUUAAGGCAGAAUUGCUGUACGACUUGCGCAUCUUGGUUAAGAAAGCUAAAGCAGAACUGAAUACUGAAGAAGAGCAGGAGAAGAUUUCAGCAAAUGAUCCUGACUCCAAGAAGCAAGUUGACCACUAUCCUCACAGCUACGAGCAACAACAAUUAUUAAGCACUAGUUGAAUGCCCGUACGUUGCAACGGUUCCUCAAGAUUUCUUACUUUGUCGCACAUGUGAAUCCGAUGCAUUUGGAAAUUCAUGUUUAUAAAUAAUAUGGUUACAUAGCAGUGCAUUGUCUAGAUAAAUAAUUUAUUUUUGAAAA